AUGGAAACUCAGUGGAAGAGGCAGUCCUCAUUCUGGCUGCUCAUUCUGGGGGCAUCUGCUCUGAGAAAGACCCAGGCAGAUCUUCACAGUCUGCAGUUGCAGUUAACUAUUAUGGCCGCUUAUGGAGACCUUCCAGAUAUCUUCUUUAAUGGCUGUUUGGAUGACCAUCUGAUACUCUCUUAUGAUAGUCAUAGCAAAGAUCUGGUUGUUAAGCUGGACAGAGUCAAUGCACCUAUGCAGAACUUUCUGGUCCAGAAGAACCGAGAAGAAAUGAUGAGAGUAGAGGCUGAGGUCCAGAGGAUGUAUGAGGACAGGAGGCAUUAUUACAACUGGACCCAGGGGAUACAUACAGCUCAGGCCCUUCUAAGAUGUGAGACUGACAAAGGCAUCCUCGUGAAUAGUCUAGUCAGGGUUGCUUUUGAUGGUGAAGAUAUGUGCCAGCUGGAUGAAGAGGAGAAGCAAUGGACUGUCAGGAAACCAGAGGCUGAGGACUUCUGUCCCUUCUGGAAGGACCCCUUCUGGAUCAAGGCAGCUCAAGUGGAUUGUCCCUUUUUCCUAAGUCUUCUCCUGCAAAUUGUCCAUAUGAAAGAAAGAACACCCCCUGAAGUGACUGUAUCCCGCCAUCAUACUUCAGAGGGCAGCACCACCUUGUCCUGCUUGGCCACGGGCUUCUAUCCUCCUUCCAUCUUGCUGCUCUGGAAGAAGAAUGGCAGGCUGGGUAUAUGGGGGCAGGAGAGCUCCAGUGGCACCUUGCCCAAUGCUGAUGCCACCUACUACCUCCAUGUUACUUUGAAAUUGCCACCAGGAGAUACAGGGGAAGGUUAUGCCUGCGUAGUUGAUCACAGUGAGCUAGGGAAGCCAGCUGUGUAUCCUGGUGAGUUUCCCUGGGGAGGGGCAGGGUGA